AUGACGGGCUCACCAGCACUAGCGUCUCCAGCAUCGGAGCAAGCCCGCCCAGAGGCCGAGGUCAUCGCCGAACAUCUGCCAUCAGGCUACACUGCGGAUUUCACCAGUGCAGUCCCAGAAGAGCCGUCGGCUCCCGCUGAUCCAAGUGCCGCAGCCGAGGAGGAUUCAUUAAUGUUGCAGGGUGGAGAUAUCCAUCGUGAUAUCUUCAAAGCAGCAGCUCGGACCAGGAUGCACAAGCGGGCCGCGACCUUCCACUCGCCUCAAGGGGCCGCCUCGGGAGAGGAUGACCUGGAAGGAUUGACCGUGAAUGAGCAGUUAGCACCUGGCGGCUUCCGAAGGGCCUUUCUCCUCCAGAAGCAGAACAAACAAAAUUGGGCCGCCAGGCUUCCGAUAACCCGGAAUUUUUAUGAAUUUCUUAAUCUCUAUGGCAGCUUCGCUGGUGAGGACCUCGCAGACUCUGACGACGAAGCUAUCAUCGAUGACGAGGACGAAGAAGAACGUGAACCAGGAGAUCAACUGCCACCCGAGAGGAGACCUCUCCUGGGUAGUAGAAGAAGCUCGCGAUCAGCUGCUAAGUCGGCCACCGCCAGCACUCGUAAGACGUUUUUCACGCUGCUCAAGGCCUUCAUCGGAACCGGGAUUAUGUUUUUACCAAAGGCAUUUGACAAUGGCGGCUUGCUCUUCUCGUCGAUCACCAUGGUAGUUGUGUCCAUUGUCACGAUGCUCGCCUUUCACUUGCUUCUAGCGUGCAAGGCCCAAUAUGGAGGCGGCUAUGGUGAAAUCGGCGAGGCUAUUGUGGGUCGUCGCAUGCGCAAUCUGGUCCUCAGUUCCAUCACGCUGUCGCAACUCGGAUUCGUGUGCUCCGGAAUUGUAUUCGUAGCAGAGAACUUGACCACUUUCUUCAAGGCCGUCACUCACGGUCAAAGCCCCUUGUCGCCUUCCCAGCUCAUUCUGAUACAGGUACUCGUCCUCAUACCUUUGUCAUUCAUUCGAGACAUAGGCAAGCUCGGACCUGUCGCAAUGUUUGCCGAUGCUUUCAUCCUUAUUGGGGUUUCUUACAUCUACUACUACGAUAUAGCGCAUCUUGCAACCGAAGGCAUUAACUCGACAGUCGUUCUGUUCAACCCGAACACAUAUACUCUGAUGGUUGGUUCGGCCAUUUUCACUUUCGAAGGCAUUGGCUUGAUUCUGCCUAUACAAUCAUCGAUGGUUAAACCUGAACAUUUCGAGUGGUUGUUAGGGGUUAUUAUGUUUCUGAUUACCAUUAUAUUCACAGCAGUCGGGGCGCUCUGCUAUGCUACCUUUGGCAAAGACACGCAGAUUGAGAUCAUCAAUAACUACCCUCAAACUAACAAGUUCGUCAAUGCUGUCCAGUUUCUCUACUCUCUGGCUGUUUUGGGCGGUAACCCAGUUCAACUCUUUCCGGCGAUAAGGAUUCUGGAAGGGGGUAUCUUCGGCCAUCGAUCAGGCAAGCGUAGUCUACGCACGAAGUGGAAGAAGAACGCAUUCAGAUCGCUUAUGGUGCUCAUCUGUGGCGGGGUCGCGAUCAUCGGCACCGGGAACCUGGACAAGUUUGUGGCGUUGAUUGGAUCUUUCGCAUGCGUGCCACUGGUUUACAUCUAUCCUGCUUUCCUGCACUACAAGGGCGUUGCGACGUCGAGGGCUGCCAAGAUUGGCGACAUCAUCUUCAUGAUCGUGGGGCUAAUUGCCAUGGUCUACACAACCACCGUCACUAUCGUCAACAGUUUUAUGGGCUGA